UUUAGCUGGGUCAAAUCCUACGCAGCCUUGGGCGACAGCUUCGCGGCAGGAAUUGGCGCGGGCGAACGUAGGGGCUCUGCGUUCGACCAAGAAUGGCAGUGUAGUCGAUACUCCGACGCCUAUCCAUUGAAAAUCCAGGACGUUGUUGAAGCUGAUAACUUCAAGUUUCUAGCUUGCACUGGCGCUGUUAUCGACAACAUAGUCCAAGACCAAGUUCCGCAGCUGAAUCAGAAUGCAGGACUUUGGGACCUCAUCACUGUGUCGGCAGGCGGUAACGAUGUUGGAUUCGGCGAUGUGCUGAAGGCAUGUCUUUUCCUCCCCAACGGCUUGUCCAACAAGGCUGCCUGUCAGAAGGCAUUGGCCGAUGCAGAGAGCAAGAUUGACACGGUAUUGACUCCGUCAGUCAAUAAACUGCUUGGUCUCCUCGAGGGAAAGCUCAACUAUAAAGGUGUCAUAGUCUGGACACUUUACGCCCCAUUCUUCAAUCUAUCUCCGGAACCAUGCAACAGUCAGGGAUGGUGCUUUGUAGCAUCCGCCUGGUGUAUGUCCCCAGAUGUGGCGUUACGUACCGAGUUCAACAGGUUGGUAACAAAGACUAAUGAUAAGCUUAUCGAGGCCCUUGGAAACUGGAAAACGAACAACAGGUUCAGGAAACUUCAGUGGGCAGACUGGGGAGGUAUUACAGAAAUGGCUAAUGGCCAGUUCUGCGAACCUGAUGGAGCUGCCAAUGUGGCAGACGACAGCAACUCGAAGCUCGCAUUCAUUCGCUUCAAC